CUCCUCCACACUAUGGGUCGACGAAGAAAGAACAAGACACAUUUGAAGGGCGGAUCCACCGAUUCUGCUUCCUCACAGACAGGCGUGCCAAAAUCUUUUGUGAUCAAGUAUGGCCAAGUGGGAGCAUCCAUUGCUCAGCUUGUCCGGGAUAUUCGAAAAGUUAUGGAACCUAAUACUGCCAGUCGUCUGAGGGAGAGAAAUAGGAAUAAGCUGAAAGAUUACUUGACUCUGGCUCCUGCACUUCAAGUCACGCAUUUACUCGCAUUCACCCUGACCCCCGUCGCACCGUCAUUGCGGAUAAUCCGUCUUUCCUCUGGCCCGACUCUUAGCUUUCGAGUAGAGAGAUAUAGUCUUAUGAAAGACAUUUUGAAUACGUCCAAGAAGGCUCGAAGUAUCGGCAUGGAAUACCUUAGUCCACCCUUGCUUGUUCUAGCAUCAUUUCCUUCUCCAUCUCCAACAACCCCCCCUCAUCUGCCUCUGGUCAUGAAGGCAUUCCAAUCCCUCUUCCCCCCCCUCUCACCUAAAACGAUAGCACUUUCUUCCGCUCGGCGAGUCGUUCUCGUAUCUUACAACGCUGAUCGUGGUACUGUCGACUUCAGACACUACAUAAUAACUGUGAAAGCCUACGGUGUAUCGAAACGCGUCCGCCGUAUCCUCGAAGGCCCAAACAAGGGCUCAGCAUCUCACGGCUUCUUAGACCUUGGGAACGAGAAAGACGUCGCAGAUUUCCUCCUCCGUAGACGAGGUGAACCAGGACCUGAUGGCUAUGAAAGCGCCUCUUCUGCGGAAAGUGUUGCCGGCGAUGAAGACGCCGUUGACCUUGCAGACGAUUACGUCGGAAAGAAUAACAAAAAGGGAUCGAGGCGUGCUGUGAGACUCGACGAGGUCGGUCCUCGGCUAGAGUUGAGGUUGGUGAAAAUUACAGAAGGUGUUCCUGGAAAGGAGGGUGGUGUGAUAUUCCAUGAAUUCGUGAAAAAAUCGAAGAAGGAAGUGGCUAAUCUGAAGGCAGCGCACGCAGCGAAAGAAAAGCAGCGAAAGGAGCGAAGGGAGGAGCAAGAAAGGAAUGUAGCACGGAAGAAGGCGGCGAAAGCCGGAGGUGCAGAGAAGGGUGACGAGUACGAGGAUAAUGAAGAUAAUGUCCUAGACGGAGAUGAGGGUGAGGACGAGUCCGGGCACUGGGAUGAUGAGGAAGAGAUCAGUGAGGGCGAAGAAAGCGAACAAGAAGAGGCAGAACAAAGCAGUGAAAAUGAAGGCGAACGGCAGCCCCCAAAGAAGAAAGUAAAGUUCCGUAGCAAGCGAUGAUCUAGGACGGUCUUCUCCUGUUCUUGUUUUCUUACAUGGUGUAUAUAUUGUGUUCGAGCAGUCGGAGAUAAAAGCUGGAUGGCAAUUACAAUAAGAUAUAUAACGUGUCCUAC